GGGGGGGGGGGGCAUUCUCAUUCAUCCAUUUUUGUACCUUAUAUUUGUUUUUAAACAAAUCAUUGCAAAUUCCAACUAGACUGAUUAAUUUACAAUAGCUGUUGAAUCAUUUUGAGCGCACGAGAUUCAACUGCGUUCGGGCUCGGCAGCCGUUUGCAGUUGAUUAGCGUCGGUGCGCUCGCUUCAAAAGCGUCAUCAAUUUCAUCGCUCGCUGGCUCCACUUGACUUGCAACCAGUCCAGGAUGUGCCCCUGCUUCUCACCCGAGAUCGGAUCGGAUCCAGUAGAAAAUGGACCGAUGGAAAAUCAAAACCUGCUGAAGCAACAAAACAAGAAACCGUUCUCAUUUAUUAUAGUGAAAUCUCAAGGGGAUCCCUCAAGGAUGUGUCCUAGAUCCCCUGCUUAUCUCUGCCACCUGUUUUUAAAAUCAUUUUGAAUAAUCCCACGCUAUCUUUUGAAUGCAAAGUCCCUUCUUUGAUAUGAAUGAGCACGGUGGUCCAAAUAUGCAUGUCUCUCGCAUUAGCGUGCAGCUGGACCCUUUCACACUUGCGAAUGACAAUGACAGCGCGUCCGCACAGCUGCGCGAUUAGCAUGUCCUGCGGCUCAAUUUAUGUGCGAGAACCUCCCGCGAUAUUUAGCGCCGCCCGUGCCGUUUGAUAGCCGUGUGGCGCGUCUGGUUUCUGAUGAGGUCCAGUGCAGCUUCUCUUGGAGGCCCGCCGCUUUGAUUGGCGGCAGUUUAAAAAGGUCAGCGAAUGUUAAGGAAGCGGGGGCGGGGCUGGCACAGGGUGGAAGAAGCAAAACGGCUUAUUAUGGAAAUGUCAUUCACUAUGUACUGAUAGACAUUGUUGCCAGCACGUGCAGAAACGCAGGAUGGACAAAAUUGCCGCAGCGUGCCACACAUACCAAUUUUUUCAAACAAAUUUUAAAAUGAGAGAGACUCCACACAGUGUUUACUGCUCUUUUAUUGACGUGCAUGACCGAGAUCACCUCCACAACGCCACAGACACAAGUCUGACGUGAGAGGUGUCCAGACUGCCGAUCGGGGACGGAAAAUCUUUCUUAGCACACCUCGCACCACAGGAUACUCGCUCAGGAUCCUCUUUUACAGACAUCCGAUAAUCGGGCUUUCAUCUGACUUUGAUCGGAAGGGAAGAAAAAUCCUCCAAUUUGGCUCGAUUGUCGAUAUGCGCGAACCCCGCUUUCGCUACUUUCUUUACGGUCGGGUCGCAGGUUCGACAGACACCUGUUGCUAGGCAGAAUGGUCACGUUCUAAAGAUUGUCACCAGUUUCCGUGGCAGAUUACCGGAAAGAAAUCAACCGAAACCAAAAAGGCAAGAAGAGGUGGCAGUAACACAGUCAGAAACACAUUGGAAAAAAAAAAUGACUCCAAAAACCACGAUUAGUAUGAGAAGUUUAUUCAUACACAAAUUUGCCACUUUGUUGUCUCGUCGCCGUCUCACUUUCUUUGUCUGUCUUGCUGUUUGUUAAAAAGAAAGAAAAACUCCCCAAAAAAAUAGAGAUACUGUGCAUGCUUUUUAUUGGACAAGGAUGAUAUGGAAAAUGAAUGAACUUCUCAUAUGCAGUUAUCAUCUUUUUUUUUAACAAAUGAUCAGGAAUUGAUUAUCUUGUCCACCUAAUUAUCGAGUUAUCAUAGUCGAAACUCAGAUGUUGGAAAGCAACAUGACUAAUGUUGAGUUGUAUUUCUUUCGCACACAACACAACACUCAACACACCCAAAAUCCAAUUUGUUCCUGACACGUUAUUCCAAAGUUUCAUUGGAGCGGAUGUUACUAUUGGAGCCUGACAACGUUUAUGUUCCAUUUCCAGACACAGUGCCAUAAACAAUGUUGUUGUUGGGGUUUUUUUUUUUCUUAGUAAACAAUGAUGCGACUUUAUUGUUUCAAUAAUACUGCAAAUGUUCAUCUAUGCCAUUGAUUUAGAGUGACAGGCAGUUGGAUGAAAUGCGCUUCCACGGCAUCAUUCUUGAUUUACGUACAGCCGACCCCAGCUGCCCCCGGGGGGCCGUGCCGUGACGAAAAUCUGCGAGUGAUUGUUGCCACCGCACAAAAAGGCCGCGAGAUGGAGGCAAAGAACUACUUCUGUCCAAAAUGAAGCUCCUUAACUCACUUGAACAGUUGCUUGGUGCCAGAUGAGCAGACAAAAAGCAGCAAAUAGGGGGUCACGGAAAGCUUCGGCGCCGCCAUCCAAGCCCUGGGCGCCGGCCAGCUGACGGACGGCGUGAUUAGGCGCAGUAAACGGAUGAUGCUGGACACCCUCGGCGUGGGCCUGCUCGGAUCCAGGACGGACGUCUUCGACAAAGUUCUCAAGUACAGCCGGUCGUUCCAGUCAGAGGAGAAUAGCAGCGUUUGGGGCAAAUCGGACACGACUGUGCCGCCGCACUUCGCCGCGUUUGUCAACGGCGUGGCGGUUCACUCGAUGGACUUUGAUGACACGUGGUACCCGGCCACUCAUCCCUCGGGGGCGGUGCUGGCCGCCCUGCUGGCCUUGGCGGAGGUCGCGCCCGGGAGGCCCUCCGGUGUGGACCUGCUGCUGGCCUUCAAUGUUGGCAUUGAGGUGCAGGGCAGACUGCUGAGGUUCUCCAGGGAGGCCUUCAACAUCCCUAAAAGAUUCCACCCUCCCAGCGUGGUCGGCGUGAUGGGCAGCGCGGCGGCCUCUGCCAAGCUUUUGGGUUUAUCGUCCGAGCAAUGCGCCAACGCUCUGGCCAUCGCGGCGUGCUCGGCCGGGGCGCCGCUCGCCAACGCCGCCACCCAAACCAAACCGCUGCACAUGGGCUACGCCGCCCAGAGGGGCCUGGAGGCCGCUCGGCUGGCCCAGACGGGCGUGCAGGGCAACCAGUCCAUCCUGGACGCGGAGCACGGCUUCGGGGUUUACUACGAAGACUACGAGCCGUCUGCGAUGACGCUCCCCGGGGUCGGCGGCUCAGGUUGGGUCCUCGAGGAGCAGGACGUGGCCUUCAAGCGCGUGCCCGCUCAUUUGGGGAUGCACUGGGUGGUGGACGCCGCUUUGACGGCUCGCGCUAAGAUACCAAACUUGGACGCGGGUCAGAUAAAACGCGUCACCCUCCGAGUUCCGCCAUCCAAGUACAUCGACUGCCCUUUUCCCACCACGGAGCACCAGGCCAGGCAUUCCUUCCAGUUCAACGCCUGCUCCGCCAUCCUGGACGCCGGCGUGUCGGUGGGCUCCUUCGCCACACCUCAAAGGGAGCGUUCGGAUCUCAAGGAGCUCCUGGCCAAAGUAGAGGUGCACGUUCCCGGGGAUAACCAUGCCAGCUUCGACAAGAUGUACGGCGAGGUCGUCAUAGAAAGCCACCGAGGGGAGAGCGUCUCAGCCAGGUGCGACACGUUCUACGGACACUGGAGGAAGCCGCUGAGGCAAGAGGACCUGGUGGACAAGUUCAUGUCGAACGCUUCCUCGGUGUUGAGCUCGGAGGGAGCCGAAGGCGCGCUGGACACCGUCGGAAACCUGGAGACCGAGGCGGAGUGCACGCAGUUACUUUCGUACUUGACGAUGACGACCGAGCAACGACACCGCAAGUGUGACUCCGGGGCUUUGUCGCAAAGCGUAUGAGAAAGAGGGAGUCAACGUUUACGCACACCAAACAAAACACUGUAAAUAUUGUUGCAUUCCAAUCAAAAGCAAGCACUUUAUCAACCCCAAAAAUAUUUGGUCAAGCGAUCAAUCCAGGGUGUACGCGGCCUCUCUCGCCCAAUCAGAUGGGUUGGGCGGCUCCAGCACGCCCGCGAGCCACGUGAGGAGAAGCCGUACGGAAAGUGGAUGGAUGGAUAUUUCAAAGUUUUUUUUUCUCACAUUAAAACAAUGAACACGGAAGUCAUGUUUCAGAAAUACAA